GCGCCUUCAGGGAAUUUAUAGCUAAACACAAAAACGUUUUUUUCAUUAACUAAAAUAUUUUUCGACAAUGAUCUAACGUGAGAAGAUAAAUAAUAAUAAUGCUUCUUUAUUUCAGGUUUCAAUUCUAUUAGUCUUCUACUUCUAUAUUAUAAUAAUCAUUGCUCAAGAUACAAAUAAAAUACAACUUCAAAAAUCUCAACCAUAUAAGUCUCAAGAUUUAAAAGCUUCAGCUUCCGAAUAUGUCGGCCUCAAAUACCUACCUCCAACCAGAGGCCAUGCCAGAAGCUGUUACGACUGCAACAACGAGCCUUGGAUACCAAUAGUAGGCCGAAGCAUGAAUUUUCCACACUUUAAAGAAAAACCCCAACUUUCCAAUAAACAUUUCAACUUGCACCAUCCUCCUAUAGACCAAUACGGAGCUCCGCAAGGUUUAUUCGACUUACCUCCUGCAGGACAAGUCGUUGAUUUUAUGCUACCGCCACCAUUUCCAAGUGGAAGAAUUCCAACAGGACCAGGAUUUUAUCAUCAGCAAUCAUUUGGAUUAAGUAAUAUAAUAUCACCUCCACCAUUACCAAGAAAUUAUAAUAGGCAUACAACUCAUUUGAGGCCAGUUUCUCAACACUUUCAACCUCCUGGCAUACACAAUUUACCAUUGGAAAACAAUCUACCUCCAGUAUUACCUAGCGAUAGCUACGGAAGACCUUUACGAAACAACUUUGCCGAGCCCAUUACUUUAGCUAGCGAGGAGAAUUUGCUAACUGAUGUCCAAGUUGUCCCAAGCUUAAGAAUUGCUGAUUAUACAGCUUCAAUUGAACAUCCCAUUAAUCUCAUUCAAUCGCCCAUUUUGGAUUUAGACAUCAAAGAUCAUGAGGCUAUCAACAGGCAUGUGCAAGAUUCAGUUGAAGAUUCAAGCCGAUUACUAAGUGAAAAUCCUAUUGUUGUUGAUGAUACUCAUACGAGUGCAACUAAUAUCAACACCACCACAUAUUAUGAUGAUAAGCCUGAAAUUGAUUUGACUGAUAACCUAAUAAAGAAGCUUAUUUUAGAGCAAAAUAUUAUAGAGGAUCCUAAAGCUCAAAUUGUAGGUAUCAAAAAGGGCUUUAUUAAUCCACAAAAUACACAAAUGAACCUAAAUGUAGUACAGCCUUCGGUGAAUUACUACAACACUUUACCAACUGUUAUGGUACCGCCAUCGCAACCUUCAACAUGGUUAAGCCCAGUGAACCAAAGUUACAUCAAAACUAAAAAUAAGCUUCAAAUAAUUGUUCCAUAUAUGAAUCCCCCUACUGCAAUCUAUAAUAGAGAUUAUUCCACUUUGGCUCCUGUUUUUGUGCCUCCUGCAAUUGGAUCAACUCAAUCUAGCACUGAGGUUUACAAUAUAAAAGACUUCCUUGUGAAAAACGGAUACAAUUUGCAAAAAAAUAUCGACGAUUGGACUCAUCAAGCCUACUCCAACAAGUUCAAAUACACCACAACAAAACUGGCACAUGUGAAGCAUAUUCCUGGUGAAUAUUUCACUACAACACCCUUGCCUGAUUUGGACCAUGUGGCUUCUAGCAGUGAAAACAGGGACUUUAUUGCAAAUAAUUUGAUUGUGAAAGAAUCCAGUACAAAACCUAGUGUUCGUUUUGUUGUGCGCAAACCUCCAACACCUUCUUGGCAGGACAACAAAGUCCUUUUAUCAAAUUCGACGCAUGAGAAAGUUUACGUAGUAACUCCUCAAAGUUAUCAUUUGCCAGUCACAAGUACUCCUGCUACUGGUUUCAGUAUGGCUCCUAGAAUCCAAAACGGACAAGUCAACAAUGCUAAUACCAUGACUAAGAUAAGUGUACGGAUCGAGCCACCUAGCGAGAAAAGUUUUAGGGAGUUGAAGCCUCUUAAGGUGGUUUACAGCGAGUGGCCUCAUUUGAUCAAUGAUUUGGCAACUACAACUACACCAAGGCCGACUUCCAGGCAUCCGCUUUUUGGUUUGAUGGAUUUGGCUCCUUAUACUUUGGGAAGUUCCGCUGUAGAAACUAUUAGUGGACAUUCAAAGGUUUCGACGGUUUCGAUUUCGAGCACCACACCGAUUACACCCACCAGCGACAUUGUGAAGAUUAGUUCAAAUAAUUAGUUUAUUAAUUUAUUAUUUUGUAUAUAGAAAUUGUUUUGCCUAAGUAAUUAAGACACAAAAAUGUAAAUAAGUACAAUAAUUUUAUUGCAAUUCUUAUAAAUAAUCAUACAAACACUAGUUUUCAAUUAUUUAAACUGCCUUGUUUUUUUUUUUCGUUAAUAAUAUCACAUUUCCGAAUCAAUUUGUAGGUUUUAGUAAUAUCAACAUUUGAAUUUUCUUGGGUGGAGCUUAAAAACCAUGAGUGUAGAUCUCUAAUUCAAAGCUCAUUUGGUUCUAUUCCCAGAGGGUGGAGCUUUAAAAUCAUGAGCGUAGCAAUUUUUUUUUUAUAUUACUUCUGCCUACAACAGCAUUUUAGUCACAGUCAUUUUCAAUCAUUCUAAGUUAAAAAUCUUAAGAUUAUUAGAAGAGUUAAAAUAUUAUUGUUUUUAUGUGAAAUAUAGAAAAAAAAAACAAUCUAAAACAUUCUAAGUAUUAUAGGUAUACAGUGCGAUUUUUUAAUUGCCAAUGUCCUAAUAAUAAUUUUGCUUUGGUUGUUUUAACAAUUAAGAUAUUAUAAUGUAAGUAAUCAAAUGAAAAAAUAAUUCUGUAGACUUUUAACUACGCCUCUGUCUUUUAUGAUCCAUCAAUGAGCAGUGGGCGGAGCCAAAAAAACCAUAGGCGUAGUUUAUUUUGGCAUCAUAAGUUUACAACAGUGGUUUUUGAAAUUCCGGCGACAGCUUCGCGGAUAUUUCCAAACAGUUCCAUAGCCGUUCGUGACUGACGUACGGUAGAAUUUUAGCCACUUGCAUUGAGCCCUAAAAAUGUCAACUUGUUAUAACAAGUGAAAUGAAAUAAAAGCAAAAUCCUUACUAAAAACUUCUUCUUUCUACCAGGCUCUUGUCGGAAAUAGACCAAAGCUUCUUUUGGCAUGCCUAUUGUAGAAUGAAGUCCUUUUUUGCUUGGAAUACCCUCAAAGGAACUGGGUGUGCAAUCUAAAUCCAGGCGAAUCAGGCCUUCUUGAAAGUCCAUGGAUACAGAAAGCCAUAUCCAAG